UCUAAGAAGCAAAGCAAAGAUGUGGAGCCUUCAGAAUCUCCUGUUUACCAUCUGCAUUGCUCUGAUAUGUGUGACCAGUGCAGUAGGGGUGAUCCAUGUGACUGGAUAUCUGGGGAGUGAGGUUAAAAUUUCCUGCUCUUACGGUCCAGGUUAUCAAUCUUAUCAAAAGUAUCUGUGUAGGAACGACUGUGGUAGUGGCGAUGUUCUUAUUACAACCUCAAACCCAGUGAAAAACAAAUACAGGACCCAUGAUGACAAAACGGCACGAAUCUUCACAACAACUAUCUUUGAUCUUCAUUCCACGGAUGCUGGGAAAUACUGGUGUGGAGUGACCAGAACUGGGAAAGAUAUCUACACUGAAGUUAAGCUGAAAUUGGUACCAGACAGCUGCUGUAACAGUGUGAAAGAAGUUGAAAGUUAUGCAGGAUAUUCAGUGUCCUUCAGUUGUCUGUAUGAGUCUCAAUACCAGAACAACCUGAAGUACAUCUGCAAAGGAACACGGCCCUCCAUAUGUCUGCAACAGGCACUAAUCACCUCUGACAACAAACAAAAUGGGCGAUUCAGACUUAAUGAUGAAAACAUGUCAACAAAAUUCACAACAAAGAUUAGCAGUUUGACCCAAAGUGAUUCAGGGCGUUACCUUUGUGGCAUCCAAAGAAACUCUGACCUGCAUCUUUUCUGUGCUUUUGAGCUGAAAGUUAAAGACCACUGCUGUGAUACUGUGACCAAUAUUGAAAGUUAUGAGGGAUACUCUGAGUCCAUCAAUUGCCCUUAUGAGAAUCAGUACCAGAACAACCUGAAGUACAUCUGCAGAGGAAACCGGCCCUCCACAUGUCUGCAGCGGGCACUAAUCACCUCUAACAACAGAGAAAAUGGACGAUUCAGUCUUGAUGAUGAAAAGAUGUCAAGAAUAUUCACAGUGACAAUUAGCAGUUUGACCCAAAGUGAUUCAGGGCAUUACCUUUGUGGUGUUCAAACAAACUCUGACCAUGAUGUUUUCUCUGCUGUUGAGCUAAGAGUCAAAGAGUGGUGCUGUGUCAGGUCAACUGAAAUAACAGGUACUGUGGGACAUCCACUAACUUUGCAGUGCCCUUAUCCUCAACAACAUCGGGAUAACAAGAAGUUCCUCUGUAAGGGAGACCACCGCAACAGCUGCAGAGACAUGGUGAUGAGUGAAAGCAGAUUCGCACUACGAGAUGAUAUUUAUUCCAGCUCUUUCUCAGUGAUGAUCACAAAGCUAGAAGAAGCAGAUGCUGGGACAUACUGGUGUGGGUCAGACUCACGGUGGAGAGUUGGAAACUAUGUUAAGAUUCAGCUGUCAGUCGUCUUUCUGCAGCAUACCAGCACUGUAGCUUCUACAGUAAAAACUCCUGGAAAAACUGUACCUCCUACAGUAGAAAAUCUUGGACAAACUAUAACUUCUACAAUGAAAACUCUUGGAAAAACUCAAACACAAACUCCUAAUCAACCUAUUAAAGGCAUCCUUGUGGUUGUAGUUUACAAGUGGAAACAUCACAAAGUAAAAGAAGAUGAAGCCAUCGUGGACAGAAAUGCACUCAAGGCAGAAGGUUCAGAGGAAGUGAUGGCUGCAAUGGAAAAUAAUAUUUAUGGAAACCGAGAAGUUGUGAUGUACUCGAAGAAGCAGACCUCCAAACAACAGAGUGCCUGUGCCCAAUAUGAAGAUGAAGAACAAGUCUAUGAAAACUUCACAACAUCUGAAGACAUCUACUGUAAUGAAAAUUUCCAUCUAGCCAAUAGAAAAUAAUCAGUCUAAGGAGCUUGGAAAGAAACACGUCUGGACUUUAGAGAAUUCCACCAAUUGCUCUAAGAACUAAAGAAGCUUCUCGGAUGAGAGAUAAAACGUGUUCAAGAAACUUCCAGAUGCUUUUCUUUCCAGCUUCAUAGACUGCGAUGACCUGGAUGAACCUUCACAUAAAAUAAACAGUUUUAAUUUGAGGUCAAACUGUGGGUCUUACCUGUAUAGAGAUUAAUCUACUUGAUUGACCAUUAACAGUUACACAACAAAUCUUAAUAUACAGUGAUCCAGCCGUCUUAUUUUCUCAGUGAAACUUUGUUGUGUUUUCUGUUUUAUCAUCACUUCUUACUCUUUUGCUAUUAACUUUACUUUAACUUUUAUUGCUUAGUUGUAACAGAAAUCUGCACUCUUUUUCUGAACUUGAACUCAAAUGCAAAUGACUAACACUAGUGCAAAGUAAAUAAAUAAGCAAAGCAAAAUGAAUUCCAAUGUUGGACCAUUUAAUUCAAUUCAGU